AUGCCACCCAUGCCGUCGGUCACCCUCCCCACCGUGCCGCAGGUGACCCUGCCGCCCAUGCCGGCCAUCGUCGUGCCCAAGGCGGUGCUACCACCGAUGCCCAAGGUCACCCUCCCCACAGUGAUGAUGGCGCCGAUGCCCGCGAUUGUCGUGCCCAAGGUGACGCUGCCGCCCUUGCCAUUCGUCCCGAAUGUGAACGUGCCUAUGCCGUUUGCGGCGCCACCCCCGUCGGCGUAG